UCUCCUGCCCCACAGCCAAAUGAUGUCUCUACUUUUCCCUUUCCUAGGGCCUGGAUUCGAAAUGCAGAAGCCUCAGAUCUUGAUCUCUGCCAUGGCCACUCCAAAUAGAACUCUGGUCCACCCAGCAUACUUCCUUCUGGUGGGCAUCCCUGGGCUGGGGGCUGACAUACACUUUUGGCUGGCUUUCCCUCUGUGUUUUAUGUAUGCCUUGGCCACCCUGGGCAACCUGGCCAUUGUCCUCAUCAUUCGUGUGGAAAGGCGCCUGCAUGAGCCCAUGUACCUCUUUCUAGCCAUGCUUUCCACCAUUGACCUAGUCCUUUCCUCUGCUACCAUGCCUAGGAUGGCUAGCCUUUUCCUGAUGGGCAUCCAGGAGAUUGAGUUCAACAUUUGCCUGGCUCAGAUGUUCCUUAUCCAUGCUCUGUCAGCCAUGGAGUCAGCUGUCCUGCUGGCCAUGGCUUUUGAUCGCUUCAUGGCUAUCUGCCACCCAUUGCGCUAUGCAUCUGUGCUUACAGGGCCUUCUGUGGCCAAGAUUGGCCUGGGGGCCCUGGCCAGGGGGUUUGUAUUCUUCUUCCCACUGCCCUUCAUCUUGAAGAGGUUGUCAUACUGCCGAACAAAUACUGUCACACACUCCUUCUGUCUGCACCAAGAUAUUAUGAAGCUGUCCUGUACUGACACCACAGUCAAUGUGGUUUAUGGACUCUUCAUCAUCCUCUCAGUCAUGGGUGUGGACUCCCUCUUCAUUGGCUUCUCUUACAUCCUCAUUCUGAGGGCUGUGUUGGAGCUGUCCUCACUGGGUGCAGCACUCAAGGCUUUCAACACCUGCAUCUCCCAUCUCUGUGCUGUCCUGGUCUUUUAUGUGCCCCUCAUUGGGCUGUCCGUGGUACACAGGCUGGGUGGUCCCACCUCCCUGAUCCAUGUAGUUAUGGCUAAUAUCUACCUGCUUCUGCCACCCGUGGUUAACCCCAUUGUCUAUGGAGCCAAGACCAAGGAGAUCCGUUCAAGGGUCUUGCGUAUAUUUUCACAAGGUGGCAGGUAAGAAGGCCAUCUACCUCAGUGUCUUCAAUUCUUUCUAAGAUGGGAGGAUUAGUAUCCUAUUAAUUGA